AUGGAUGGGGCUAGGCCAAACCGCCCAGAUCGGCCGUAUCAGCGCACCUACAAAGCAUGCAUCCCUUGCCGACAGCGCAAAGCCAAGUGUGACUUAGGUACCGGUCCGGAUGGAUUACCGACGGGUCCACCAUGUGCAAGAUGUCGCAGGGAGAUGAGGGAGUGUGUAUUUCCGGAGAAACGCGCUUGGGAGAGAUCCCGCAAACGUACCCGGUCUGAGGAAGAUCAAGAUAAUGACUUAUCACCGAGCAGUCGCACAGUAUCAGAUACACCGGAGAGGGCAAAUGGUCAACCUAAGUAUGGUAAUUCUACUCUUUACCCGGGUGCGAGGGCCCCAUUCCACCAAUCGUGGAUGUUAAAUGGGCACCAAGCAUCUCCACAAAAUGAUCAACGUUCCCAAAUUGGUAUUAGUCCAACCUCAGUAUCAGACACCACAACUAGCAAGUCCCCGUCGCAGAUAUAUCGUGACCGAUAUCGGUCAAACUCUACUUUGGCCAAUUCCAUGAUGCGAACGGUCGUCGCUAGUGGGAAUGAUGCUCUCAAUAUCUUAUUUGAGGCAGCUACUGCGCAUGAGCAGGAAGGCAACUCCUCUAAUGAAUUAAGCCCAACAACCGAAGAUGGCACACGACAGGGAAGUUUGAUCUCCCAAAAACGAGCCACUCCAAAGGAAAAAGAAAGUCCAAUCGCAUUUCAAUCCGGUCCGCGAAUUGUACCUCAGCUCAACGUGUCAGAUGUUACGCAGGAGACUCUCCAAGUAUGGGAGGCUUGCCGUUUUGUCAAAAUGGGUUGGUUUUCUGCUAGAGAAGCAGUCACUUUCAUCGACCUCUUUUUCAAGAACAUGUCUUGUUUGUCUCCUAUAUUGACGGACUUCUAUUCAAGUCAUCAAAAUCACUACUGGCUCAUUACUCGAGAGCCUGUGCUUUGCUCUACCAUUCUUAUGAUCUCUUCACGCUACCAUAUCCUCCCUGGAGCUAGUGGCGAGUCAAGAAACUUUUUCAUUCAUCAUCGGCUCGGGCAAUAUUGCCAGCAGUUAACCAUGCGAUUAAUAUGGGGGCAAGAACAGUCCACAAAAUCCAAAAUUAGAAGUCUUGGUACAGUCGAGGCACUUCUACUAAUGUCCGAAUGGCAUCCCCGCUCACUACACUUUCCGCCUGAAGCGGAUGGUUGGGAUGACGACCUAAUCGCAACAGCUCCUAAGCCACCUGAGAGUGCAGAAAAUAGUGAAUCAGCCAACCGAUGGCUUGAUGAAAUGGUUGAGACGUCAAGAAGAUCAGACCAGAUGUCGUGGAUGUUACUUGGUUGUGCCCUUUCCCUCUCCCACGCUUUAGGCCUUUUUGAGACUGAGAACAACGACUCAGCAGAAGAGGAAUAUCAGUGGAAGGAGCUCAUGAAUAUUCGCAGACAUAGAGUUCAGCGUCUACUCUAUGUCUAUAUCAACCAACUUUCCUGGCGCAUCGGGUGUGUGUCGCCUAUUCCUCAGUCGCUGAACCAUGCGGUUCUAAGCGGGCGCAAGCCUAGAGGGCUAAGUCAACCGGGCAGCACUUGGCUAAUCUUCAUGGACUCUUGGAUCGAGCUCACUAAACUCGCUCAGUCAGUCACUGACAUGUUUUUCCCAUCGGCCAAAUUUGCUCGUCAACAAAUAUACAGCGGUCGUUACGUCGGACUACUCGAGCAUAUUCGACCCCUGCUUAACCAAUGGAAAGACAAGUAUCUGCAGCCAGGUCUCCUGGACACAGCAUUCUAUAGUGACUUGUUCAUUGAGUAUCAUUUUGUACGUGUCUACACUCAUUCCGUGGGGAUGCAGGCAGUUGUCGAACGGGCCGUGGCCGACGCAGAUUCAAACUUUGAUGAAAUGCGACCAAUGACAAUCGACGCGACCGACUAUGAAUAUAUUCAAGAAGUAAUUGAUGGAUGCUGCCAGAUCUUACAGGCAGUCACCAAUUUGGCCGAAACAGGCGCGCUGCAAUUCUCACCUGUUCGUAUCGUCCUUCGAUUCCUCAGCGCCUCCAUCUACUUGAUGAAAGCACUCAGUAUAGGCACUAGGGAAGCAAUACUGCGAGAUUCCCUUGAAGUGCUGGAGAAGAGUAUUAUUGCGCUCAAGUCCAAUGCAUUGGAUGAUGUCCACCUCAGCACCCACUUUGCAGCGCUGUUGGAUAUCCACGUCUCACGUCUGCGCCGCAACCUCCUCGCAUCCUCUAGAAAUAUCAAAAACAGUCGAACGCCUCGUCGAUCACCAAUGGGUCCCCCGCCAUGGCCGGGCUCUGAAGAUCGGACAAAUCAAGUUAAUACACCUGUCUCCCAAGAUCUCACAGAAUUGGGAUUCAAUCCGUCUUUUAGCGGUGGGGCUGAUGACUGGUUGUCUCUUCCUUUUGAUCCGUCUAUGGCCCCAUUCAGUACUUCCGCAGCAGGGCUGGGAGCGUCUGGUGGUCAGUUUCCAAUGUAUGAAGGUGGUGGAUUGGAUUUCAUCUGGAAUCUCCCAUCCUGA